AUGGAUAAAGCAAAACCAGUUUCUACUCCAUUUCCUAGUCACUUCAAGCUUAGUUCAAAGAAGAGUCCUACAUGUGAGAAAGAAAAAGAAAGCAUGACUAUGGUGCCAUAUUCCUCAACUGUUGGUAAUUUGAUGUAUGCAAUGAUUUGCACGAGGCCAGACAUAACGCACGCAGUUGGCGUUGUAAGCAGAUUCCUGUCUAAACCACGCAGAGAGCAUUGGAAUGCUGUGAAGUGGAUUCUCAGAUAUCUCAGGGGUACUUCCAAAAUGAGUUUGUGCUUUGGAGGUGGAAAACCUGCAUUGAUUGGCUACACAAAUGCAGACAUGGCAGAAGAUCUUGAUUCCAGAAAAUCUACUUCAGGAUACCUGAUUACAUUUUCAGGGGGAGCAGUUUCGUGGCAAUCAAAGUUACAGAAAUGUAUUGCUCUAUCAACUACAGAGGCAGAGUUUAUUGCAGCUAUUGAAGCAUGCAAAGAAAUGUUCUGGAUGAAGCAAUUCCUACAAGAAUUAGGGCAAGAGCAGCAUAAAUACAUUUUGCAUUGUGAUAGUCAAAGUGCGAUCCACUUGAGCAAGAAUCCGAGUUUUCACUAG